CAAGCGCGCGAGCUGGGCCGGAGCCCGCCUGGCAGCCCGCGGAGCCGAUCGCCGCGAGCGGAGCGCCUGGGUGGUGACGGCUACGCGCGCGAUGGCUCCGGCCGCGGAUCGCGAGGGCUACUGGGGCCGCACGACCUCCACGCUGGACUGGUGCGAAGAGAACUACGCGGUGACCUGGUACAUGGCCGAGUUCUGGAAUACAGUGAGUAACCUGAUUAUGAUUAUACCUCCAAUUUUUGGUGCAAUUCAGAGUGUUAAAGAUGGACUGGAAAAGCGGUACAUUGCUUCUUACUUAGCACUCACAGUCGUAGGAAUGGGAUCCUGGUGCUUCCACAUGACUCUGAAAUAUGAAAUGCAGCUUUUGGAUGAACUCCCAAUGAUUUAUAGCUGUUGUAUUUUUGUGUACUGCAUGUUUGAAUGUUUCAAGGUCAAGAACUCAGUAAACUACCAUCUGCUUUUCACCUUAGUUCUAUUCAGUUUAAUAGUAACCACAGUUUACCUUAAGGUAAAGGAGCCUAUAUUCCAUCAGGUCAUGUAUGGAAUGUUGGUCUUCACAUUAGUACUUCGAUCUAUUUAUAUUGUUACAUGGGUUUAUCCAUGGCUUAGAGGACUGGGUUAUACAUCUUUGGGUAUAUUUUUAUUGGGAUUUUUAUUAUGGAACAUAGAUAACAUCUUUUGUGUUUCACUGAGGAACUUUCGAAAGAAGGUGCCACCUGUCAUAGGUGUUUCCACACAAUUUCAUGCAUGGUGGCAUCUUUUAACUGGCCUUGGUUCUUAUCUUCACAUCCUUUUCAGUGUAUAUACAAGAACACUUUACCUGAGAUGGAGGCCAAAAGUGAAGUUUCUCUUCGGAAUCUGGCCAAUGAUCCUGUUUGAGCCUCUCAGGAAGCACUGUUGAAUUAUUCCACCAAGAAAACAAAACAAAGCCAAGCAAAGAAAACCACCUACCAUUGGCCUGGCCAUAUGAAUAAGGAAAUCCUUAAAGAUCUACACGUUCGUGACCAUCGCAGCAAAGGAGUGACGUUCUGACAGACGCUCCCAGCCACACAGCGAAUGAGGAUGGGGCUUGUUGGUUGUUUAGCUCACGUCUUUAUCUUAUUUCUCCUCCUCUUCCACACCCUUACCCUAAGAUGUUUAAAAAGAAACAGACAUGAUGUGUAUGUAUAUACUUGAAUGCUAGAAAAAUUGGGCUUUUCUUAACAGGUUAACAGUUUGUGCUAAUGAUAGGAAAUUAACCUUUCCCUCUUUUUUGACAAGGGUUGCAUGUGAAUUAUACUUUUCUUAAUAUUUGAUUAAAUAACGAAAACAGCGAGGCUGGUAAAACCCCAUAUCCAGAUGGCCAGCUGUGAGCCCACACUUAGCUGUGUCAGCCUUGAUUUAUAUUAUUGUCAUAGUAACCUCAUGGAUGGUUUUCCAAAGUUAAAAAAGAAAACAACAAAAAAAGAGCUAUCAGUGGGAUUCUGGUAGUUCUUCACUGUCUGCUUCUGAGCUAGUCGGAGCGUCAAAAGCAAGCUUAGACCUGCCACUGUGUUCUGUACUUGUCACAUCCCAGCUCUGGCAUUUCUGUGUGUGGCCACAGCCAAUCAGAGUGGGUGGGUCAUCUUGUAACCUUUAUGAAGGCCACGAAGACAUCUCUAUAAUGUUGUGUCUCCAGCCAGUUAAAGGUGGUUGUUCUGUUUCCUUUGAUCUUUACAGAUCUUUAAGUUGUUACUGUUUUUAUGGCUCAGCAAACAUGAUGGGUGGUCUGGCCUAUCCAUAUUCCAUCCUCCUAGCAUAAUUUAUUUGAAGUUACUAGUGAAUGUCAUAUACUCUGACUUUUUAAAUUAUGCAAUAUUUUCCAGUUUUCAGAGAGGCUAUGGUUAUGCCCAGGGAAAUGUGUUAACUAAGAGCUAAGUGAUCAGGAUCCUAUUUACAUAAAGCUUAUUAGAAUACUUACUCCUUCAUUUUUUGAAGGAAAUAGAUAUAAGUGUUAAGAAUAGCUCUAACGUACUUGAACUUGUAACAGAACUCCCAAAAAUUAAAGUGCUAAAAAAUGGCAGUGAGAUCUCAUUGUAAGGCAGCUAGUUCUAAUUUGGGUUUGAUUGUAUAUCUAACAAAUUCUAAUACUUUUCACAAACAUAACACCUGUCUGGAUUUAAAAACCUGAUUUAACCCCUUUGUUCAUAUAUUACCAUAUUUGUAGCUCUAUACCAUUUAGCAUUUUUAUUACUUUUCCUGCUUAUACAUUAUUAUAAAAUCUAGAUUGUUUUUACCACAUGGUGACAUUACCCCAGAUUAAAUCCUGAGCCACAGCUUCAAAAGGAAACUCCUUUUUCUUAUGCAAAGGUAUUAAACAGUUAUGUCAUUUUUCCGGUAUUCAGUAAGUAGCCUUAGCACAAGUUUAAAACCAAUACAGAUUGUGUUGUUUUUCUUCACCUACUGGCCUUAGUUUUAGUCCAAGUACUAUUUUCCUUCCCUUAGCAUGCCAGCAUGCCAUUAGGCAGAUACUUCCACCUACUUUUAUGAUCCUGCAGCAUGAAAAGCACUUGCCAAAAACUAAAUCUAAAAGAACUUUG